AUGACAUUACCAUGGCCCUUCAUGUUCCCUGAGUUGGCCACCUGUCCGGACAGCAUCCAGAGACGAAUGAUCUCCUUGACAGUGUUUGAGCUCUACCGUUACUUGCUCUGGUGCUGUAAGCUCCUACCAUCAUCCCCCAUUCAGGAGCACUAUCGGCACGCAGCGAAGCAGGUGAUUUACCAUAGCCAUGCAUAUGAAAACAAUCCAGACAGAAUUCGUCUGAUCAUCCGAAGGGCUAUUUCUGAUGCUGACUGGUUAUACAUAAGGUAG